AUGACGAUAUCUGGACCUCUGUUCCCUCCGUCCCUGAUCUCGCCUGAGAUCGCGGCGUCGCUUCCAGCGGGGUACACAAUCCGGCCGUUGGAACAUUCAGACCACGCACGCGGGUUUCUGCAGUGCCUGGCUGACCUGACAUGGAUCGGGGAUUACAGCGAAGAGGAAUUCUACGAGCGGUACGACUGGUUGGCGACCAAGGGCAAGGACUGGUACUACAACGUGGUGAUCGAUGAUGGCAGUCGGAUCGUCGCGACGGCUACAUUGAUUGUGGAAAGAAAAUUCAUCCAUAAUCGCGGUCUGGUUGGGCAUAUCGAGGAGGUGGUAGUGUCGAACGACCAGCAAGGCAAAGGGCUGGGCCUCAUCUUAAUUCGCGCUCUGGACUCGAUUGCCGUAAAUGUUGGUUGCUACAAGUCGAUUCUGGACUGUGCGGACCAGAAUUCGGGCUUCUACACUAAGUGUGGCUAUGAGAAUGCUGGUCUGGAGAUGGCCCAUUAUUAUGAACCUUUCAAAACUCAAUAUGAGCGAGGUUGA